AUGAGUGGCCAUGACGGGAAAAAAACAGUCCAGCACACCGGCCUGAAUGGACGUGAAGUGGAGGGCGAAAGAAGACUUUGUCGGCUAAUUCUGUUGGAGAAAGUACAACACAUGAUUGAGUCGCUAUGCGACCUUCCGUCGGAGGCCCUGAACGGGCCGAAAGUGUGCAGAAACGCAAAUGCCCUCUUCGCAAAUGCGACUCUUCGAUUCGGCUCGACGGAACCUCGCAGUCAAAACGAGGGGUGCAGCAAGAUGGUGACUACUCCGCCUUUCCGAGACGAGGCGAGAUGGAUCACCUUCGAGGUGAAGCUUGUGAAGGUCGCGCGACGAGAUGACCCGAUCGACGAGAAUGUCCAAUUUCUGACUCGCCAGCUCAGGGCCUAA